ACGCACUGGCUGCUGAUGGGCUGAUGUCGAUGAUGGGCUCUGGCUGGGUCACAACAAACGGAGGGGCCAACUGAGGCCUCUCACCCCAUUCGGGGGUCUCAGCAUGUCCGGCGACCCACUGCCCCCAAAGAAGAGGAAGGCGACAACAGGUGGAUGCUGCCCGACACCGUUGGGGACCCCCAGAUAUGGAACACCGUGGCCCAUGUGGGUCCUUGCAGGGCACAUCUUGCUCUCCUGUUGCUUUGGUUCGGUUCGUGCAGCUAACGUCUCCAUCCCGGUCACGUCGGAACCCUGGCUGCCGUUGCAAGGUACGGAAGUCACCAUCAUCCCCUCUGGAGAUCUGGUCGAUGUCCUCUUCUGUGUCUGGUUUCGAGGGUUCGUCUCCAACGAGACCCUGAUCUUUCAGUACACGCCGCCACCGGCUUUGAAGUACGACUAUGGCAAAGCCUACACGGGCCGGGAGAGAAUGAAGCAGCACUGCUCCUUGCACAUCUCCAACCUCACCAUGGUAGACAUUGGCUACUACGCUGUCCAGAAACAUAGGCCUGGCAACAAGACCUCCGAAUACGGACAGACAUUCCUGUUGGUCGGAGAAGAAAGGCCGCGGAGUAAACUCACGGGGAAAGCGAUCGCAGGGAUCGUCGUCGGGACUCUUUUGGGCGUCAUGGGAGUGGCGGCAUUGCUGGUUUACCAGACUUCGAGAGCGAACCCAAGAACAUGAAAACGAAGGACCCGAAGCUGCCUCGGUCGCAAAUAUUGCCAGCCUCCGACGCAGCAAAACAUCAUCCCUCUGCAAGAAUUUUAUGACGUAGAUGCUCUCUUCCCAUUCACGAGCCCAGAAACCCACUGUAUCGACUUAUUGAAAUAAAGGUCUCCUGCAUACUAGAA